UUGCGUCAGUUACUAUUUACAGUAAAUAGUAGUCACUGCUUGCGUUAUUGUUGGUUAGAAAUGAUUUUAAUCAACAACGUUGCAGGCAAAAGAUGAAAAAUAUUCUUUCUUUGUAAGAUAAUAGAAAAUAUUUUUAUAUCGUCUGUCAAUUAGUUUUUAGGUGAUUAUUCAUUCGUAAGUAAACAUGGGACAGUCUCUUGACAGUAAUAUGACAACUCGUGUAAUGUUCGAUGAAAAGGGCGAUAAUGGAUUAAUUGUUAGUGGUAAAUACCUACCAGAGGAACUACUAGCCGAAAUUUUCUGCUAUGUUGAUUACGAGUCUUUGUUAAAUUGUCAACUCGUAUGUAAACGUUGGAAAAUUUUAAUUCAAAGUUACAUUUGGCGUAAAAAAGCCGAGAUUUCUAUUGGCCAACCACUAUUCUUGGAUAAGGAGGUGUCUUGGUAUGCGUAUUAUUUAAUAUGUAAAAAGAAACCAUUUGAGAGAAAUUUGAUAAAAAAUCAUUCCGGAGAACAUGGAGUACAAAAGCAUUGGAAGAUUAUUGCAAAUGAGGGAGAUCGUUGGAUUGUAGAAAAUCCUCCAGUAGGAGUACCAUUGUUACCAAAUAAUGAACCUGUUUUUGAAGGAAAACAAUAUUGUUUUGUUACUUCAUAUUCUGCUUGUACAAAGAUGCAAGUCAUUGAUCUAGAAGUUGAAGGAUUAACACCAUACAUUUUAGACAAUUUACAACUUCCAAUAUUGGUAGGCGAAUGGUAUAGUUGUCGCUGGGAUUGUUCAGCUGUUUAUGACUGUAAUGUCAUAUUAUUAGGAGAAAAAACAGUAUUAAAUGAAAGAAGAAUCAUAGAUUCUUUUCAGUUUCAUGAUAACAUUGAAGGGGAAAAACAGAAUCAGUGGCACUAUGUAUCACAUGAGUUUAGAAACUAUGGGCCUGGGCUGAGACAAAUAUCAUUUUAUCAUGGUGGUAAAGAUAGUCAGUUUUGGGCAGGACAUUAUGGAAGUAAAAUGGCAGGUGCUUGUGUAUAUGUAAAAAUUCCUACUGCACAUCAUUGUAAUAAGGAAGAAAGCAAUAUAUUAUUAGAUAUAGAUUAAUAAUAUAUUUCUAAUAUAAGGUAUUUAUUUCUAAUAUAAUGAAUUUAUUUCUAAUAUAAUGAAAUUUGUAUUGCAAAUUUUAUUAAAAAUAUGUCCAUGCUGUUGAAGAGUUAUUUUUAACAUUGUAAUAUAUCAAUGGCCU